AUGUCCCGCAAACGCUUACGGUAUGGGCUCAGUGUGAGCCUUUUGUUAUUGUCUACCUUAUCAUUUGGGGUGGCCUCUGCCGCUGCUCAACAGUAUCCACUUAUCCCGCCACAAGUGCCCUUGAACGGGCCCGAACCUCCAUCGGAGGCCCAUGAGUUUUCCCUCCGUCAUAUAUUCCACCGGGUCGACUACGAAGAUGUCGAGUUGCAUGCGAGGCUCGAUAUCAAGCCGGACACUCGCCUCCGAGCCGUGUCCGAGGAUGGUGAUGAAACGGAGUAUAUAGCAUCGGAGUCACCUCUUCUUGCUUCGUCGAGCCCUCUGAAAAUACAACGACUAGCCGAUCGACGAGUGCCUGUGGUUGAAGGACAUUUAGCAGCCGCUCGAUCUUCCAGCUCCGCAGUCGCUCUAUCCCCACUCGACUGGGUCACGGACACUGUGUCGGGCCCAAAUAUUACCGACAAGCAAACAGUAUUGACGUUUGCUCAGAUGACCGCAAAUGACUACAUUGAAGAGCCUGGGACGGGUGCCUGGCAUACCAUUCACGGCCAGUUCAAUUAUUCGGGAAGUUUUGGAUGGCAAAAGGACGGACUCAGAGGACAUAUUUACUCGGAUAAGACAAAUAGCACAGUUGUCAUCUCGUUGAAAGGUACUUCGCCUGCUCUUUUCGAUGGCGCUGGUACCACUACCAACGACAAAGUGAACGACAACCUAUUCUUCAGUUGUUGCUGCGGCCAGGGAGGCUCGUAUCUAUGGAGACAGUCAUGCGACUGUCAAACGAAGACAUUCACCGCGAACCUGACUUGUAUUGUGGAAUCUAUGAACGACGAGAACCGCUACUACAGACAAGCCAUGGAUCUAUAUUCCAACGUUACCGAGAUCUACCCUGAUUCGAAUGUCUGGAUGACUGGUCAUUCCCUUGGAGGUGCGAUGACCAGUCUGGUUGGGUUGACGUUUGGAUUGCCCGUUGUGACGUUUGAGGCCGUGCCGGAAGCCCUACCUGCAGCUCGACUUGGGAUUCCGAGUCCGCCCGGCUUUGACUCGCGACUUCCACAGGCGCGACAAUUUACCGGAGCCUACCACUUUGGACAUACGGCAGAUCCGAUCUAUAUGGGAACGUGCAACGGAAUCAACUCAAUCUGCACUUGGGGCGGCUAUGCGAUGGAGUCGGCGUGCCACACUGGUCAGGUGUGCACUUAUGAUACUGUGGCAGACAAGGGUUGGCGUGUCGGUCUUGGUACUCACAAGAUUGAAAACGUGAUAUCCGACGUGAUACUGAAAUAUGACACGGUUCCGACGUGCAUCAAAGAGGAAGAGUGUUACGACUGCGAGCUGUGGAAAUUCUUCAAAAGCAAUGGGUCUGAGAUUACCACUACUACCUCUACGACAACCACGACGUCUCUCACUCGAACUUCUACAUGCAAGACACCCGGGUGGUGGGGCUGCCUGGAUGGGAGUACCACAGACACAGCCACUACUACCACCACCACGUCUCCGACAAGUACAGCCACUACCACGACAUGCAAGACUCCGGGUUGGUUUGGGUGCAAUGAUCCCACCACCACAACAGCAGCCCCCGCAUCCACAGUAACAACCACUUUACCCACAGUGACCGCAACCGCAACUACAACUGCAAGCACCAGUUGCCAUGACCCCGGGUGGUUUGGCUGUCGUGAUUCGACCAGCGAAGUAGCCACCACCACAGCCGGCCCUGUCGUCACGCCCACCUCCACGACUUAA